UACCAUUCUCAGCAUGCUCUAAGCACCGACAAAUGACUGUUAGAACCGUUUGGGGACUACUGAAUGAAUCCGUUUGGAUGAAACGGGUCCCAAGGAAUCGCGCGCUCUUGCCCUUCCCAUGCUGUUGAUCUUUCGACUUUAAAUACCGUAAUUACUCCAUGUGCUCAUAUGCUCCUUUUGACAGCAUCAAUCGUACAAGAACACACUCCGAGGAAUUGUUCCCCAUCCGAUUGCACCAGUGUUCUAAGUGAAGCGAGUCUCUGGCUGUAUCAUCAAAUGGUUCCUCAUUCCACCUUGCCGCCGCCACGAAUGCUGGGAUGCAGGGUUCUAUGUGCAUAACCAGGUAAUUGAUAUAGCACCUGACUUAUAAACCCAUUUGCGGCUAGGAAGCUCGUUCUUGACUCUCAGAACGACAUACUCCCGUGUUCGCAAAAAUGACCAUAAUUUUCCAACAACUUGCACCCUUUGUCGCUGUGUUGUUCAGUAAGGGCACCGUCUUGCUCGAUGCUCUCUUUGGCAGUGCCACUCGUGAUGUGCCUUCAUACAUCUCGACCGAGGCUCCACUCGCAAAGGCUGGCCUUCUCGCAAAUAUUGGGACGAAUGGGGCAAAACCGGGGAUUGUCAUUGCGUCACCCUCGACCUCGGAUCCCAACUACCUGUACACUUGGACGAGAGAUAGUUCACUGGUCUUCAAGCUGCUUAUCGAUGAGUACAUACAGGGUAGAGACAAGACUCUUUUGGGGCAAAUCACGGAUUUCAUUGCUGCCGAAAAGGUUUUGCAAAGCGUCUCGAAUCCUUCGGGAAGCGUUGGAGAGCCUAAGUUCAACGUCAACGAGACUGCAUUCACCGAUGCUUGGGGACGUCCUCAGCGAGAUGGGCCGGCUCUUCGAGCCACCGCCCUCAUUAACUUCGCCAAUUAUCUCAUUUCAAACGGCAAUACCAGCUAUCCUGCGGAUACAAUCUGGCCGAUGGUACAACUCGAUCUUGACUAUGUAGCUGGCACUUGGAAUGAGACUGGGUUUGAUCUAUGGGAGGAAGUGAAUGGCUCGUCGUUUUUCACUAUUGCCGUCCAGCACCGCGCGUUGAGAGAAGGCACGACUUUUGCCGCGAAGCAAGGCGAUUCUACCCGCGCAUCCACGUACACAAUCCAAGCCGCAAAUUUGUUAUGCUUCCUACAAUCCUUCUGGUCCCCUUCCUCUAGCGCUCUCAUAGCUAAUAUUAAUGUCGAGGACCGGCGGAGCGGUCUGGAUAUCAACACUCUCCUAGGAUCCAUACAUACAUUUGAUCCUGCCGCUGGUCCUGAUGCUGCCACCUUCCAACCGGGCUCAGACAGGGCUUUGUUGAAUCAUUACACGACCGUCAAUUCCUUCAGGGGAAGCCUCUACUCGCUGAAUUCCGGUAUUUCGGCCAGCAGUGCGGUAAAUCUUGGACGCUAUAAGGAGGACGUUUAUUACAAUGGCAACCCUUGGUACAUUGGGACAUUUGCUGCUAGCCAGCAGCUUUACCAUGCUCUCUAUCAAUGGGAGGCUGCGGGCGGCAUAAAUGUCACAUCGGUUUCCCUUCCUUUCUUCCAACAACUAAUUUCUUCUGCUGCAGUUGGGUAUUAUGCUGCCGAUACUUCCACUUACACCACUUUAUACGAUGCGGUGUCUGCAUAUGCUGAUGGCUUCUUGCUUCUCGCUCAACAGUACACACCCUCCAGCGGCGAGCUGAGCGAACAAUAUGACAAGUCGACCGGGGCUCAGAGGAGCGCUGUUCAGUUGACCUGGAGCUUCGCUUCUGCUUUGACGGCCUUCGACGCCAGGAAUAAUACCCUCCCAUCAUCUUGGGGUGCCAAGGGACUCUCCAUAGCAUCCUGCCCAAAUACUGUUGCCAUCACGUUCAAUGCGUACGCUACAACUGUUUGGGGGGAGAAUAUUUACAUCGCUGGAAGCAUUGGUGCUCUUGGGGGUUGGUCUCCAGAUAGUGCCGUGCCUCUCAGCUCAGCCGGCUAUCCCACUUGGUCCACCACCGUCUAUGUUCCCGCUGGGAUAACGUUCCAAUACAAGUACAUCAGGAAGUACAAUGGCGCAGUCACUUGGGAAAGCGAUCCUGACCGACAACUUGUCGCACCAACCUCUGGCGCAUACACUGAAAAUGAUUCCUGGCGCUAGGCCAAUCCUAAAGCGACGUGCUAGGCGACCGUGUGCCAAACUCUAAUUUCGAAACUUGUCUGCUUUUUUUUCCAGUUGUUGAUUACAAUCCAGUGUACCAGUGUAGACUUUAGAUGAAUGAACUCCUAGGGUAAGUUGUUCGCAUGAUGCAUCAUAGGUUUGGGAUGCGGUGACUGCAAAUGAGUCUACAAUGUGCACGCAAAAAUUACAUGGAA